GUAUGGAGAGAGGAGCUCUGAGGUGGACGGACAGGAGUGGCAUACUGGGUCGGAUUCAGCACCAGAGGGAGUCACAAUCAUUUAUUAAUCUCUAGCUGGAACCGGAUCUCAGUGAGACCUGGAAGCCUUGAAGAGUUAAGCUUUAAAGUUCUGGACGUUUGAAAUAGUUUAUUUAUUCAGGAAGCUAUUCUUUAUAACUGGUAAGGCAAGUUUCCUCUACACUGUUACAGGACAAAGGAUAACAACACCGACCAGCCUGUUAAAUGUACUAAGGAUAAACGUCACAUUAUAACAUAUAAGCGUGUACUGCAUGUGUAAUCCAUGCGGCUUGCAGCUAAUUCGGCAGUUUACGCUGUGAAAGUUGCUUUUGUUUUGUUUGUGUGUUACAGUAUUGGCAGUUAAUAUAUUCAUAGAGGUCCCGCAGUAAGUGAAGCUUGCUGAGAGAUUCAGUGUGCUCAAGUACAGGCACACUUCUGCCUUCGCCUCACCGGUCCGGUUAAAUUUAGUCUACUCAGGAAAAUGAUGCGGAUGCCUAAAGGCGUCUCGCCGGCAUCGGGUCGGCAGGCAGUGGGGCUGCCUUGCUCUCAGCAGAAGAUGAAGCUUUUGUCCACCGGGGGAGUGAAGACCGACUUCUUCCUCACCGGACUGUCCAGUCCGCAGAUGAACACGGUACCGGCCGGAUAUUUCACCCAGAUCUGCAACACCAGCGUGGCCGAACAAAGAGCCAACAGCCUGUAUUCAACCCCCCAUGGACCCGAGGUUAAACCCAUCCGAUCAUCCUCCGGGCGACUGCCGGCCAAGAGGAAGCUGGAUUUAGAAGACCCUCUGUAUCUGCCAGAGUUUCGUACGCCAAAAGGAAAAUGCAGCAUUGCAGCACGGAUACCAAGCCCAAGGACUCCAAAAUCUCCGGGGGAGCGGACGCGGUACGACACGUCAUUGGGCCUGCUGACCAAGAAAUUUGUGGGUCUCAUUGCUGAGUCUCCUGAUGGAGUCCUUGAUCUGAACUGGGCCACUGAGGUCCUGGAGGUCCAGAAAAGACGCAUUUAUGACAUCACCAAUGUUCUAGAGGGAGUCCAGCUUAUCAGGAAGAAGUCAAAAAACAACAUCCAGUGGCUGGUUGGGGACGUGUUUGAAGGUGGAGCGGGUGGAGGGGAGAAGGCCCGUGCCCUGAGGAAAGAGCUUGGAGACCUAGAGAGAGCAGAGAGAUCUCUGGAUGAACAGAUUCAGUCCAGCACCACACAGCUCAAACAACUCACUGAAUAUAAAGAGAGUCAGAGAUUGGGCUAUGUGACAUAUCAAGACAUCCGCUCCAUCGGCAGCCUUCAAGACCAGACAGUCAUUGCUGUUAAAGCCCCUGCAGAGACCAAGCUUGAGGUGCCAGACACAGCAGGGCAGGGGUCUUUGCAGAUCUAUUUAAAGAGUAGAAAUGGUCCCAUAGAAGUCUACCUAUGUCCUGAUGAGGGUCUUGAAGAAGCUAGUCCUGUUAAGAGCGUUAUCACUCCCAAAAAGGAAUUCCCUCAAACGCAAGACCCUCCCGCUGCAACCCCAAUAGGACCACCGAGUUACAGCGUCAAAGAGGAACCUGUUGACUCCAACAUUUCUGCAGCAGCUCCAGCCGCCUCCUCAGCUGUGACCUCCACGUCCUCUCUGCUUGACGUAGAGGGUCUGCUGGGUUUGCCGCCCAGCCUGCUUCAGAUAACCGAGGACCAGCUUCCUGGCACCUCCUUCACUUCAGACCCCAACACCCCCUUUGUCAGCUUUUCUCCACCUUUGGACCACGAUGACUACCUCUGGAGCCUGGAGGACAGCGAGGGAGUGUCAGACUUCUUCGACACUUACGAUCUCGGAGAUUUGUUGAAAAGCUGAGGCUUAGAUGAAGGGAUGGGGCAGAGAAAAUUCAGGGAGAAGAAGGGUAAUAUUUAAUCGAAUGCCUUCUUGGGACAAACUAUUACACUAUGAAGCCAUCUGUUUUAAUGUCCGAUGGAGGAAUCAACUUCUUUGUUUAAAUUAUAAAGUGAAAAUAUUUGUGUAUAUAUAGUAAAUUUGGGCAGUAAGUCGAGUAAAUCUCAUAGAAAGCAGGAGUUAUUGUUUAUGUCGUAUUGUCAGCGAAAGAACUGAUGAUGCAUUUGUUUAUCAGUCAUUGUUUAGCGUGACCAACUCAGGAACUUUUUUUUUUACCCCUCGUUUCCAAAGUCUAAAUAAUUGUUUGUACCACUCUUUGGCCCAUAGGGGGCAGCAUUGUAUAAUGUCAGCUUUAACUGCCAUGCAGCUUUACAGGAUUCAAUCACUGGAUCGAAGUAAGCUAAAGCCACGAAGAGCCAUACACACAGGGUCUGUUUGCAGUGUUUUCACCACUGAUCAAAUUAAGCUGUGAAUGAACUUCAGUGUCGACAUGCAUCUACAGCUCGAGAAUACACAUCAGGUGAGAUCUCAGCAUAGAUUUUAGACAUUAAAACUGGUUUUCAAAUGGUGCUCAUGUUGCUCCUUUCAUGCCUUAAGCUUUGUGUCAAGCCUUGUGUGCCUGAAUGUGCAGGCUGUGACCCAGAGUCGAGUCAGAGGUAAUGACAAAUGGUGGCUAUUUUUUUUUUUUAUCUCUUUGAAUAUGUACAAUCUUUGAGCGACCCCUUGUAGGUUUGGCAGCUUUGUUUCAGUUGUUGCUCUGUUGAGUUUAAUAGUUGUCUUUAACUGAGUGGUUUUAAUUUAUUAGUGUAAAACUACUAUUGUAUUUCUUAGGAAAUAACCCAAAACAAAUUAAAUGCAGCAUCUGUGUUGCAAGGGGGGGUGAAGAGGGGUGGGUGAUGGGGGAGAGGAGGGGGUUAAUUGAUGUAAAUGAGGUGUAAUUAGAGGAGCAAUUUCUUUUUCCGCUAGUUUUAAAAUGAAUGAACUCUGUUACUUCAGCAGAAACAGAAACAAUGAGAAAUUUGUCUUUGCUGUUCAGGUUUUAGGCCCACAAAUACUUUCCCUGCCUGCUGCGGCGUAACACUUUUACACGUCAGAGAUGUGCUCCUGAGGAUGGAGUAGCUCUGACUUUAAUCUGUUUGUUUGUUUUUAAAAAGUGUUUUUGAAGUGUUCUGGAAAUAUAAAAUUUGGUAUAUUUUUGGCUUUCCCUCUACACUGCAGAGAUAAGCUAACUGUCCUGUCCUAUCAAAACUUGAAAUUGAGUGUUGUGGUGCGUAUUUGACAGCUUGGGAAAUGGUUGUUGUGCGUUUGUGCGUGCAGGUUUUUUACAAUGUAGAUUAGAGAAUUGUGAAUUCAGAUUUUGUAGUGUGGGUGUGUUUUUUUUCAAUGAGCAUUAUUGUUUUUGGUAUUUGUACAUAACUUAUUUUGUAUUUAUACCUAUUUUUUUCUAAAAUUUUUUGGACUGUUGUAAGUCAUUCAGCACUUAAUGAUUUGUAAUAUUGUGAAGUUAUUAAAUAAAAUAUACUGCAGCCAUU